UUACACCAUGUCAAGUAAACAGAGGGCUGGGCUUGUAAAUCCAGUGCUGGUAUAGCACCAAACAUACACAGCUGUUGUUUCUGUGGUCUUCAAGCACUUGAAGAAGGUCACGUCAACAUCAGACUGCUUCAGGAGCUUCAUUCAAGGUUUGAGGGUCUUCAGCACCCAUCAUGGAGAAGUUCCAGGCUGCUAUGGUUCUUGGAGGAGUGGGAGAUGCUCUCGGGUAUCGGAAAGGCCGCUGGGAAUCGUGCAUCUCAGGGACACAGAUCCAGAAGGAACUCGCAGAUCUUGGAGGUCUUGGAGCCUUGAAACUAGAUGCAGAUAACUGGCCCCUGAGUGACGGGGCCCUGAUGCACAUGACCACUGCUGAAGCGCUUGUCACAGAUUACUGGUGUCUGGAGGAUCUGUACAGGGAACUGGUUCGGCUGUAUGUGGAGGUCAUGGUGUGUCUGCAGGGUCGAGCUCCAGACCCCAGUACUGUCGAAGCAUGUGUGAACCUCAAGCCAAACAACUUCCUGUUAGCCUGGCACACACCAUUCAAUGAGAAAGGUUCUGGUCAUGGAGCGGCGACUAAGGCGAUGUGUGUUGGCAUGCGUUACUGGCAGCCCGAGCGGCUAGAUAACCUGGUUGAAGUGAGCAUUGAAACCGGCCGAAUGACCCACAAUCACCCAAUAGGGUUUCUGGGAUCUCUAUGUACGGCUCUCUUUGCAUCAUAUGCUAUUCAGGGUAAGCCAGUGGUGAACUGGGGUCGUGACCUCAUGACUGUGAUUCCAAAGGCCGAAGAAUACUGCAAGAAAACAAUCCGACACACGGCAGAAUAUCAAGAGACAUGGUUUUACUUUGAAGCAAAGUGGCAGUUUUAUCUUGAAGAGAGAGGAAUAGAAGAGUGUGAGAAGAACAAACCUGUAUUCCCUGAUCACUAUGAUGCUGAAGAGACAGAUAAGGUGUACAAGCGCUGGAGUUCAGAGGGCUGUCCGGGGCGCAGAGGUCAUGAUGCACCCAUGAUCGCGUAUGACGCUCUGCUCGCCGCAGGAUCGAACUGGGAGGAGUUGUGCAAACGGGCCAUGCUGCACGGAGGUGAGGGUAGUGCUACAGGUCUGAUCGCCGGCUGUCUGUACGGGCUGCUCUAUGGUCUCAAUCAGGUCCCUGCUGGACUCUAUCAGGAUCUGGACAAACGAGAGAAACUGGAAGAUCUUGGAGCCAAACUGUUCAGAGCCGCAGCUGCAGAGAAGUAAUGCACUGGCACUGGCACUGGCACUGGCACGUCUCCACACGCUGCUGCAGCAGAACAUUCAUAGACUGAUCAGCACUACUUUACUUUUUCUAGUAUCCUCUGGCACUUCAUCUGUGUAUUAACAUUCUGAGAGUUAAUCCCACAUUUAUAAAGUGUUUGGAUUUCAGCUAAUCUUAAAGUCAACAUGAAAUCAAAAUGGACUAUUUACUUUCUUAAAGCAUGUUCCUUUAAUCGUACAAAGAUCCAUAUCCAGGGGGUCUGGGUAUCUCAGCGAGUAUUGACGCUGACUAUCACACCUGGAGUCGUGAGUUUGAAUCCAGUGUGUGCUGAGUGACUCCAGCCAGGUCUCCUAAGCAACCAAAUUGGCCCAGUUGCUAGGGAGGGUAGAGUCACAUGGGGUAACCUCCUCGUGGUCGUGAUUAGUGGUUCUCGCUCUCAAUGGGGCGUGUGGUAAGUUGUGUGUGGAUCGUGGAGAGUAGCAUGAGCCUCCACAUGCUGUGAGUCUCCGCGGUGUCAUGCACAACGAGUCACGUGAUAAGAUGCGCGGAUUGACGGUCUCAGAAGCGGAGGCAACUGAGACUUGUCCUCCACCACCCGGAUUGAGGCGAGUAACCGCGCCACCGCGAGGACCUAAGUAGUGGGAAUUGGGCAUUCCAAAUUGGGAGAAAAAAAAAAAAAAAAGAUCCAAGUUGUCAAAUAAAUGCAUUUUCAAAUAUUCAAUAAAAACAUUUUCCUCGUUGAAUAUCCUGUUUCAAUCAGAAAUACAUCAGGAGUAAAAAUAGGUUGUGCAUGCCGUUUCAUGUUGACUUUAAAUGGCUGAAAGGAAUAUGACUGGAAUAUAUGUGAAUAAAUAACAAAACUGUGAUUUUCUGGUAAACCAGAAGGACAUGUGAGCAUUUCAAUACAGCAAUUAAAUGUUCAGUUAUUACGAUA